AUGAACUUCUACAGCUACGGAGGCGCAACUCCCGUCGGUGCUGCACCACCAGCGGUAUCUUCAGUCACGCCAGUAACCAACAUUCCUCUCCCAUCGGCCUGGGCCACUCUUGGCUGCUAUACCGACAGCGUCGGCGCUCGUGGUCUAUCUCACGAACUCAACGUUCCUUCCUUGACCGUUGAUAAGUGUGUCAGCGCAUGUGCCAGUGCUGGAUACACUAUUGCUGGUGUGGAAUACGGCGGCGAGUGCUACUGCGACAACUUUAUCCAGAAUGGCCAGGGCCAAGCACCGGACGGCUCUGUCGGCUGCAACAUGGGUUGCAAUGGAAACGCUGGUGAGAUGUGCGGCGGAGCAAACAGGAUGAACGUCUACGCUGCUGGCCCCGCCUGGGUUACCGUCUCUACUCCCACCCCAACCCCAACUCCUUCUACCCCUGCUGUCCCCACCGACAUCCCCACCGGCUGGGCAUACAAGGGCUGCUGGACCGAUGGCGCACACGGCCGCAUCCUCGCCAACGGCCAGCCCGACUCCGCCACGAACACCAUCGAGUCCUGCAUCGCGACCUGCUCCAGCCUCAAUUACGCCAUCGCUGGCCUCGAGUACAGCUCCCAGUGCUUCUGUGACAAUUACAUCCAGAACCAGGGCGCGCUCGCAUCCUCCGACUCCCAGUGCGCCAUGACGUGCUCCGGCGACAGCGCCGAAGUGUGUGGUGGCCCUGAUCUUGUCAGCCUCUACUCUACCGGCACACCCGCCGCCGCCCCCGUCGCUGCUGUCCAGACCACCAACCUCCCUGAUACAUGGGCGUACGCUGGCUGCUACUCGGAUCAGGACGGCAACCGCGACGUUGGCCAGCCUGCCGACCCCGCGAUCAACGGUGGCAUCAAGCUCGAGUUCCCCGACAACACCGCUGAGAAGUGCUUGGACCAGUGCUCCUCCCUCGGCUACGACGCGGCGGGCACCGAGUACAGCAAGCAGUGCUUCUGCGGCUACCAGAGCCUGUGGCCGACGAACCCGGCGCCGACGCCGCUGGACGACAGCCAGUGCAAUAUGGUAUGCACGGGCGACGAUACGCAGCUGUGUGGUGGAGCGGGGACGAUAUCGUUCUAUAGGCUGCCGUCUACUACUACUCCGCAGUCUAAUUAGGCGGCUGGAUGUUUCUUUGAGAGGUGGCGGGAGUUUGGGAGCUGAUAGCGAGGAGGAGAGGCUAUAUACCCCGUGGUCGAGCUAGACGACGU